ACCUGCGACGAGGAUCUCGCGCACACACAGCACAGCGAACAUCACAGCUGAGUUCAUUCCGCAUCUCCGCUCUGUCUCGCGUUGCUUGGCUUUACACUAACUACUAGACGACUUUCCUGCGUUUUUGCACGAUUUGUGACGAAAGGCAUUUCAAGUGAAGCGCCUGAGGGAAAGAGAGCUGUUUUAUUUUUUUAGUGAAGAAGAGUAUAACAGCAGCAUUUGUGCAUACCAGAGGAAAUGGAGGGGUGAGCAGCAGUCUCGUGGUACUCACCCCUCCUGUUCAGACUCCUGAUGCUGAAGAUGUUGACCCAUAGUGCAUGGCUGCUGUUCUUACUGUUGCUGGGUGUUGUGUCCACUCUGUGGGGUUACCCCUUCAGACCCCCGCUAGACCUGGAUGUGACCCCCAGAACUACAGUCCUCUCCAACGGGCUGUUGGGCCUCAGGCGCUUCAGAGGCUCGACACUGAACUACAGUUUAUUGCUGCUGGAGGAGGAGGCAGGCGUGCUGUAUGUGGGAGCUAGAGGGGCUUUAUAUGCCCUGCAGGCUAGUGACAUCUCCAACAGCUCUCUGCAGACUAUUCACUGGGAGGCAUCAGAUGAUCAGAAGCAACAAUGCUUGAACAAAGGGAAAGAUAACAAGACAGAGUGCUACAACCACAUACGAUCCAGUAUACCAUGGAAGGCUACUGAAACAUAA